GAGGCGAAAUCGGCUGCUCGACGUCAGGGGGCUCAGCAUGGACCCGAAGUCUCCCCAACAAACAGCGACCGAGUGCAGAACCCAACCAACGACCCAGGAAAAUGCGUCCCGUCCACCGCUGUCGGAAUCAUUUUAUGGAGCUAUCGCGACCUUUUAAAGACUUUUCCUGAAAUCUUUUUUUUUUUUUACGAAGAAAGCAAGAAACGGCGGCUGGAAAACGGCAACACUACUCCGGCACCAUGAAACUGAGCCCCAAACAAGCUCCGCUAUAUGGGGAGUGUGUGUUAACGGUUCAACUGGAUGAAGACGACGAUGACACCCAUGCUGCGCGGGCAGAGGAGGCGGAGUUUUAUCUGCUGUUCGCCGGCUCCAACCGGCGGCACAUCAGCAGCACAGUGAGGGUGGGACGAGUGACACUGCAGGCUGUGUGUCCGGCCCACGAUGUGUGCGAGCAGGUGCUGGUAACCUUGUGUUUGGCACGACCCGACGGCCCGGUGGACACGCACUCACAGGAGAACUUCCGCUAUGUUCAGGACUUGGCUCUGGACAUGGCCCACUUUCUGCUGGACUCAAACGCCCCACAGGAUGUGUUGCUGCUGGCCGAUAACCAGAUUCCGUCGAAAGAAUGUCAGCGGUUGGAUCAGAACCUGGCAUUAGCUUUAAAAUACCUGACACGGCCUCUCAGAGGGAUGUCUAAGUCCGACGCUGUGAAAAACACUCACGGACUGUCAGGGUCAGCUGAGGUUCCCAACUGCAGUGUUCGGUCCAGCCUCCUUCACCAGGCUGCUGUUCACGGACUGAAGACGGUGGCGUCCUUCCUGCUGCAGCAGCCUGGAGGCCCGGACGCUCUCAGGUGGACGGAUGCUCGGGGACACACUCCUGCCAGUCUGGCGAAGAGCAGAGGACACACGCAGCUGCUGGAGCUCUUCUCACGGUACGAGGCGUCAUCGGGUGACUGCGUGGAACCUGCCGAGGAGGCCAACUCUGCCGCCGACCCACGAGUGUUUCAGCACCACUCGGCUCUCGACACCUUCACUUUGACGUGGGACGAGCGGCUGGGAGCAGCAGACGACGGCGGCUGUUUGCAGGAGGACGUGCGGGAGCUGAGGAGACGGAUUCAGAGUCACAGAAGCAGAAAGGGAAACCCAGACGAUGGUGGUUUGGUGGCACCGGCCUGCACCAACGGCCAGCAGGACAGCAGAGGACUCGCAGGUGUGGUUGUAGCAGAGGAGCCCACGCAUCCUGGCUCAUUAGAAGACUGUCCACUGGUGGAUGGUUCUGCAGUUCACACGGUCGUCUCCGCCGGGACCGCGGGCCAGGAAACAGAAGAGAGGAGCUCCAGUGCCAAACCCCAUGUUGGCCGAAGCAGGAAAAACAAAAGGAAAACCAACAAAAAUGCAAAACAUGCGACGGAUUCUCCAGGAAGUAGCAGCAAAAACACCCCAGAGAGCGUUAAAGGAACUUCAGCGAGGCCACCAAAGACAACAGGAAGCGGACUGCAGGGAGGUCUGCCCGCCGUGCAGCGCACAGAAGCGAUGAUGCCCGCCGUCCUGACUGACCCGUGUUGUGUUGCCACAAAAGAGACUCUUUUAGCCCCAAAGCCAAAAGUGUCAGCACCGGCCAGUGAUGGGAACAGGAAGGCUGUUGCCAUAGUGACCACUGCCGUCGUAGAAAAACAGGAAGGAGAGAAGUGGGAAGUUGAGCAGCUGAUACCAGAGAGUGUGACGGAGACCGAGCAGAGACCUGAGCAGGCCGCGGCGUUGGAUGCAGGACGUCCAGUAAACAUGGGCCAGGAACAGUCCCAGAAUCCCCGGGACAGCCAGACGGUUGCAGAGGAGCCCAGACUGGCCGACUCCACACACCCCAGCCCGCCGCCUGGUCGUGCCAACUCCCCCGAGCCUCAGAGAAAUCCCUGCGCAGGGAGAGGAACCGACUCUCCCAGAACUAAGUGGUAUCACAACGAAGACCCGGGUGCGGACUCCCGGCCCGCAGAUCAGAACUCUCUCACAGUGUGGUAUGAUGACGGCACGGUGGAGGAGAAGGAGAGCCGACAGCUGGAGGAAGAAGAGAAGCAAUGUGGUUUGAUAUCGACGCAGGCUUCUGGUCUUAGCGCCUCACAGCUGUCAGAACACGGUCAGCGCUCUCCUCCGCUGUCUCCAGGCCUGAGUGGGCCACAUGCUGCUGGAGCGCUGCCAGCGCCGUCACAUGGCCUCUGUGCACAAAGACGGGAAAUGCGCGGAUCACAGCCAGAGGAGGAAGUCGGGGCAGGUUGGAAGGAGGGAGUAGAACAGGAGGCUCUCAGCUUUGAAACGACACUGGAGAGUGAGGACAAAGGGGCAAAGUCCAGAAAGAAGAAGCGGAAGAAGAAGGGAAGAAGAGGAGGAGCAGAGGCAGAGCUGGAUUCUGGCUUGAGUCUGGAGCUGGAGAACGAGGGUAAAGUCCUGGCAGCAGCAACAGAAACAGAAGCUGAGGAUAAAACAGGAUGGGAAAAGGUCCAGAGUCCGAGUGAGGAAGCUGACAGCGCUGUUAUGCGACUCCCGAGCCAGACAGACACCAGGGACACUCUUGUUCCCGACUCCGCCAGCCAGCAGGACCAUGGACGGUCCCAAAUAACAGCUUCACCGCUGCGUGACGAGAGCUUGGACCUUGGAACGGAGUCCGGAUGGUUGGACGCGCCGUCGUCAGUCGAAGAGUCGAAGGAUUUGGAGUGUGGAACGGAGCCUGAUGCUCAAUACACUGCCCAGUCUUCAUCACAGUGUUUGGACAACACCGACGUCUCCUUGUUCGAGGUAGCUGAUCUUGAUUCUUUAACCCAAUCUGAGUAUGAUGAAACGGACAGAACUACAGAUGGCAACCCAAGUGUAGCAAAUGAGGGCCGACAAAGGACAGAUGACGAGAGUUUACUGGACGUUUGGUCUGCACAGGCUGAAGUCGGGACAAGUCCUGAGGACCCUAAAGCACAAGGGACUGAUGAACUCACGUCUCAGACUUCAGAAGCAGACUUAUCUUUGGACAGAAAAGUUGAAGUGCGGCAAGUGGAUAGUAGUGAGGGUGAGAAUUCGCCGAUCAUGGAUUUAACAGCAGCAGCAAGUGAGGAUGGCACGACUGGAUCCAACCGUCCGUCAGAACAGACUGUUCCAAGUAUAUUCACUGAGGACUCGCUCGUUGAGGAAUUUCCUGAGCGGAAUAUGCCACAUUCGGGGAUCGGUAGCGACCCGCCACAACCUUCGGAGGCGUCAGAGAAGCCUCCGGUCGAGACAGCAGUGGCGGCUGAAGGCACGACAGAUGUCCAGCUGAAGGAUGGAAGCGCAGAGAAAACAGCUGGGGAUCGUUUCAGCCAUUGUUCUGCCGCGGAGACGUUGACAGAGGGAAAACACAAUGGGCUGGGGGCGGCUAAUGAGGAAACUGGUACGUGGAGACGUCAGGAGAGCAGAGGUGGAGACGAUGAGCGCGGCAGUGAUGCAUGUUACGGGGGUGUAAGAAGUGACGAAAACCUCGUCGCCACAGCGGUUGCCGUCGUGACAGUUGCGAUAGCAUCAGCUGUGGCUCACUUAGAAAUCUGCCAACACUUUUCCUCCACCAAGAGAUCCUCACCCCACGACACACUGACCCAGUUGGUGGAGAACAGCGUCCCUCAAGUGUCCACACAGCUGACAGACAAUAGCUGUCAACUGCUCGCAUACUCACAGACUGCACUUUUGUUAAGUAAACCGGCCGCGGAUCCUGGACAAGGAGGAGAGAGUGUGUCUAAAGAUUCAGAGGGGAGGAGCCACAGUCCAGAUCAGACUGUGCAAGUCUGUCAGUCAGAAGAUGUUGUGCGCCUGAACGAUGGCGUCUCUGAAGUGCAGGGUGAGGGUCCCACUGAGUCUGAUGAUGAGGAAUGUCAUGUUGACCUACAGACCGAACAGCCCGAGAGGCAUCUCAACUCUCCUGUCGUUGACACUGGACAGGACGUGUCAGACGGGAGCGUCCAGUUACUGAGAGAUGAAGCCGCUGAGAUGUUGUCAGCAGGUGUCGCUCUGUCAGCAGAGCCCAAUGAGCUGAUCACACAAUUAGGAAGUGCAGAUUUUGAGUUCUCCAUGGAGAGGGAGAGUGAGCAGCCUGCUGGUGUUCAAACACCGUCCCUGGACACUAUCCCCUCCUCGCCACAUGCCUGCGGUUUCACAUCUCCCGCUCCAGACGCCGAGUCCACCCCGCCACGUCUGGAAAUCCAGACGUCUGAUUUGGUGGCAGCCCCGGAGCAGGUCGCUUCAGAUGACGUCCUCCAGGUCAAAGAUCACGCCACCUCUGCCACGGAGUCUUGCGGCGAGGACACAGUCGACGGGUGGAAGGAGAGGGAGCACCAGAGGAAGCAGGCUGGGGAGAGGACGGAUACGGCCGUGGGCACAUCCCUGCCAGACCCACCGUUGUCUCUCAAGGACCUCCUCCUGGGCCGGGGACAGCCGGGCAACACUGACUCUCUGAUGAUUCAGAGGGAGAGGGAUGUCUUCUACCCGGUACCAACCUGUCCGGAACCAACCUCCCUCCCUUGUCCAGACGUCAAACCCACCAGAGAUGUGUGUGGACAGUGCCCUGAAGUCAUCAUGGAGGGCCUGAAGGAGAGCAGCGACCCGGACGACAACGUCUUCAAGAAGCCCAAAGAUCCAGACCCGUGCUGCCCUGGAGAUGAGACUCGAGGGGUCCGAGUGUCCUGGCCUUCCACAGACGAGUCUUCGGUGCAGAGCUCCACUGAGAGAGAUUCUUGGAAGUCGGAGCAGGAAGAAGCAGGAGAAGUGGAGGCUGAGGUUGGAGAAGAGGAGGAGAAGAAAGACAAACUUUCGGACGACCCCGUCUCUUCAGCCAUCCUCCGGGCGUCCAUCCGUUCGCUGUCGCCGUUCCGCCGACACAGCUGGGAGCCCAGCAAGAACACCAGCGCCACAGAUAUGGACCUGAUGCCGCGCAGCUCUCUGAGAGGCCUGUCAGGAGACGCCAAGAGAGUGAAGGCCCCACUACACAGGCGCAGCAUGAGUUGGUGUCCGUCCAACAUGUCUCACCCUGGGCAAGAGCAAAUAGACAACAGAAGCUACAGUCUGGAGGGUCUGGAGGUGGAGAGGAGAGCAGAGGCGACGUCCUGCAUAGCCGACCAGGAGGACAGGGGUGGCGGCCCACGUCUGGACCGGCACGAGGGAGGGUCUCUGCUGUCGCUGACGGAGGAGGAUCAGGACCGAUGUGGUGUCGCCUGUCAAUCUUCUCACCCUGUCGUGUCCAUGACGACCAGUUGCCCCGCCUCCUUCCACGCGCAGCCGCUGACCAAGUCCGUCUCCAUGGUUGCCAUCAGUCACCGCGAUGCCGACGGAGGCAGCUCCUUCUCCAGCGGAUCACUGGAAUACAGCAUCUCGGAGGAGGACCCAGGUCCGCUGAGGAGCGACGCCGAGGUGAAGGGCGGUCCCCGCAUCAGCCGGACGUUCAGCUACCUGCGCAACAAGAUGACCAAGAAGGGGAAGGAGAAGGAGCGACGCAGAGACGGGGAACGAGAGAGCAAGGAGGAGAAGAAGAAGACCAACGGUCAUCAGUUCCUGCCGGUCAGCCCGGCUCCUCAGGCCUCGUGUCAACACUGUAACAAACCUCUGCACCACAAGGAGACCUUCGCCUGCAACAGCUGCGGCGUCCUCGUGCACAAGGGCUGCAGAGAGAAUCUCACUGUCUGCUGCGUCAGCAAAACUAAAACGGUGACAGACGCUGCUGCUGGAUCAGCCGCCAACAUGAGGAGCAAAUCAACGUCGUCCGCCUCGUCUAUUUCGUCAACAUCGUCUUCGUCGUCUCGGGAUCGGUGGUCCACCAUUGCGUCGCCCGAGGACCAGAUCCUCCCAGUCUUCCCUCGGAAGCCUCCCGGUAUCUUCAACACACACACCAACCUGUCGAAGAGCAUCUCCACCAGCAACAUCGCAGGGUUGGACGAGGUUCCUCUCAAAGGUCUGAAGUUUCUGUCGCAGUCAACUGACUCGCUGCAUCAGGGCAGCAAAGUCAACGCCUCCACCGAGUCUCUCACGGAUGAAGGAACCGAGAUGAUGGACAACCAGCUGAUGGGCGAGUUUGACUUGGACUCCAAAGACCUGGAGGCGGACUCAUGGAGCGCCACGGUGGACAAGAAGUUCCUGAAGACCCUGAAGAAGGACGAGAUCAAGCGGCAGGACGUGAUCUACGAGUUCUACCAGACGGAGUUCCACCACGUGCGCACGCUGAAGAUCAUGAUGGAGGUCUACUACAAGGGGAUCCAGAAGGAGCUGCAGCUGGACUCAGUCACUCUGGAAAAGAUCUUCCCGGUGCUGGACGACCUGCUGGACACUCACACGCGCUUCCUCACGCUGCUGCUGGAGCAGAAGAGGGCGGCGUGCAGCGACGCCCACAAUGGAAACAACUACCUCAUCUGCUGCAUCGGGGACGUCCUGGUUGGCCAGUUUUCGGGCUGCAGCGCCGACCGCAUGAAGAAAGUGUACGGGAAGUUCUGCAGUCGACACAACGAGGCGGUCAACGUCUACAAGGAGCUGCACGCCAAAGACAAGCGCUUCCAGGCCUUCAUCAAGAAAAUCAUGAGCAGCAGCAUCGUGAGGAGGCUGAGUAUUCCAGAGUGCAUCCUGCUGGUCACGCAGAGGAUCACCAAGUACCCGGUUCUGAUCCAGAGAAUCCUGCAGCACACCAAAGACUCUGACGAGGACUUCAGCUGGGUGUCUGAAGCUCUGCGCUGCGUGAAGGAGCUGAUCACGGCGGUGGACAGUAAAGUCAAUGAGCACGAGAAGAAGCGGCGGCUGAGGGACGUCCACAGCCGCACGGACAGCAAGUCCAUCAUGAGGAUGAAGAGUGGUCAGAUGUUCGCCAAACAGGAUCUGAUCCGAGGUCGGAAGCUGCUGCACGACGGAGCGCUGCAGCUCAAGAACUCGGCUGGACGACUGAAAGAUGUGCACGCGAUGCUGCUGUCAGAUGUUCUGGUGUUCCUGCAGGAGAAGGACCAGAAGUUUGUGUUCGCAGCUUUGGAUCAGCGGUCCACCGUCAUCUCUCUCCAGAACCUGAUCGUCAGAGAGGUCGCCAACGAGGAGCGAGGUCUGUUUCUGAUCACGACGGCGCCUGAAAAGCCUGAGAUGGUGGAGGUCUUGGCCAGCAGCAAGGAGGAGCGCAACACGUGGAGAGCCAUCAUCCAGGACGCCAUGCACUGCAUGGAGAAGGACGAGGACGAGGGCGUCCCCAGUGAGACGGAGGAGGACAGGCGGCAGCAGGAAAACCGAGCCAAGGAGAUCCGAGAGCUUCUGCGGGUCAAGGACGAGCAGAUCAUCUCGCUCCUGGAGGAGAAGGUCCACAUCUUCAAGGAUCUGAGCGACGGCGGUCCUGCAGCCGAGGACCAGCCGCUGAGAGACCGGAUGCUGUUCCGAGCCACAGCAGAAGAUGUCACCAAAGGAGAGCCGAUCAUCAAGGACGCGCUGAGUGAAGUGGAGACCUUGCACACCCUCAUCAAUGCUGGUCUGGGAGGACACGGCUGCAGUGUUCCGGUGGGACUGACAGGGGGCGGCGUGGGUCCGGUCUGUCUGCCCAGGAGGGCCGAGACCUUCGGAGGGUUCGACAGCCACCAGAUGAACAGCAACAAGAACGGAGAGAAGGAGGAGGGAGAGGAAGCUCUGGACCUCCGCAGGACCGAGUCCGACUCGGUGCUGAAGAAGGGAGCCACUGCCAGCCUCCAGAUGCUGCUGAAGAGAAACAACGAGCAGGUCCAGAUGAGCGUGAGACGACUGCACAGCCUCCUGAUCUCCCUGCAGGCUGUGGUGGUCCAGCAGGACUCCUUCGUGGAGGAGCAGCGUCAGGCUCUGAACGAGCGUCUGGCCGCCACUUCCUCCAGACACUCGUCGUCGUCCUCGCUGUCGUCGUCCUCAUCCAGACCCUCGUCCCUCAUCGAGCAGGAGAAGCACCGCAGUCUGGAGCGGCAGAGGCAGGAGGCGGCCAGCCUGCAGAAGCAGCAGGCGGCUCACCAGGAGGAGAAGCGUCGCAGAGAGAAGGAGUGGGAGCAGAGGGAGAAGAGUCUCGCGGAGCGGGAGGAGCGACUGCACGAAGAGGAAGAGGAGACGAGAAAGAGGAGUGAGGAGCUGACGUGGGAGAAGGAGAGUCUGCAGGUGAAGAAGGAGGAGUAUCAGAGGGAGCUGGAGAGGCUGCGGGAGGCACAGAGGAGGCUGGAGAAGGACAGGGAGGUGCUGAGGAGGCACGAGCAGGGUGAGCAGCAUCAGCGGUACCAGCGGACUCCCUCGACCACCUCAGAGGAGUCGCUCCGCUUCCAGAGCUCCGGCUCGCUGGAGCUGGACUCCAGAGAAGCUGCAGAACUUUCCAAAGAGGUGGAGCUGUCCUCCUCCGCACCCAGCAAAGAACCCUUCCUCCGACUAGGGUCCAAGAGGAUGGGCAAGAACUUCAACCCCUUCUCCAACUCCUCCAAGACCUCAGAGAAGGAGGCGCAGCAGCCGUCUAGACUGCUGAAACUGACCAAACCCAAAGACAAGAAGGAGAAGAAAAAGAAGAAGGGAGAAGAACCUGGACCGAGAGAGGGCGCCGUUCCUUCGUCGUCAGAACCUCAGAACGACAGCGACAUCUUCUUCUGCUGAAGUCGCGGGACAAGGUGCUCUAGCGCCACCAGGAGGGCCCAGGAGGCGUGGCUUUAAUUGUUUGCGGUGCGACCGCGGCCACCGUUGGACCUUUCAUCCGAAGUGUUCUCGACAAUCACGACUGCAGAGGGUUUUGUUUUUUAAAGCACUUUAGACUCACGUGGGAGGUUGUUGUUUUUGAUCACACGUUUGAAGCAGUCGCAUCAGCUGCGACCAGGAAGAGCUGAAGAAUCGAGUAGAAACCCAGUCAGUCCCGGAUCCUCCAGCUGCACCAAUCCGCCUCUCGUGGUGGGCGGAGCCACCGGGGAAUCCUUUCGGAAGUAAAGUGAAUUUUUUUAUAUUGAUUUGAGGGACGUUACAAGCCACAAAUUUCCACCCGUCGAUCGAACCAGGUCAAAACUUGAAGAGAAGCAAAUGGAUAAAGUUGCAGAAUCAAGUCGAAAUUCAUGUCAAAUCCCAAGUUUGAAAGAGGAACGCGUCACAUUUAGUUAAGUUGGGAACAAAACAAGAUUUUUAGAAAUUCACAGAAUCAUUUUGAAUCAUGUUCUAUUUGCCCUGAAAGUCAGACAUUUUAGGAACUACUUUUAUUUAAAUGUUUAACAUUUGUUUUGGAGUCGAUUUACGGUUAAAUUCGAGCAGAUCGUCUGAAAAGUAAGCAAAUAGGAGCAGUUUGGAGUAUUACAUGUUACAAUUACAUCUUACACAAUUCGAAUUGAGACUUUUCUUGGGUUUUUUUAGAUAUCAUUUCCAAAAUACAUUUGACUUCAUUUAAAGAAUUUAAAAUUAAAAUCAAUAUUUUAUACAACUUUGAAGCUAAAAUGAAGAAAUAUUUCUUUAAAUUUCAGGGCAAAAAAAAAGUUCAGUUUUAGAGCAGAAAAUUUUCCACAAAAUUAUUUUAAAAAAUAUAUUUUCAGAAUAAAUCUUGGAGUUAAAAUGGUGAGUCUGUUUUUCAAGCCUUUUGCAGAACAUUGACUUGUCAUGACUCUUCUCUAUGAACUCUGAUUGAGAAGGUCGUCGGCCAUGUUUUUGCUCGGCUGGAGUCUGAAGUCCGUCGGCCUCCGGCUCCAGUCGCUUCAGCGUCCGUUUCUCUGCUGCUCCUCUGUCUCUCACACACACACACACACACACACACACACACACUCGGAUCCUCGCUCCCAACACUCGAGCUGCGGCUAAUCCCCGCCGCUUCUAAUCCCCGACACUUUGAUCAGAGAAACUCACUCAUGAACUGAAGGGAAUUACGUUGAUACCAAAGUGGUCGACUAAAUAUGCUCUCGGUUGGAGCAUAUGAAGACACACACACACACGUUCCAACUACACACUCACACGCGCUCAUUUUGUAUUGUGUAGAAACACAUGCCAGGCGAGGGGACGACACACGGUCGCACACGUGUUAACACAUGUUAGCAGCACACAGCAGCACAGGAGGGACGUGAGGCACAGGAGGGAUGAGAGCUCACACAAACGCACACACAUGCAGCAGGAUGCAACACAAACUCACUCACAUGGAAGCAGAUCCAAGGUUAGACACACAAACACUCAGGGACAUGCAGAGGUGGCACCCACAGAGCAGACCAGACACGCCCACCGGGGGUGACAGAGAGACGGACUGAAGCGCUGCCCCAGUCGCGCGGCGAGGCUCGGCGCCCCCAGAUGAGCUGCUGGGCUCAAACCUGAGAACCGGCGUUUCCCCGCGACCCUCACGUCUGUGCGCGUUUACAAUCACUAAUCUCAAAGUUCUGACCAAAAACUUUGACUUCCUGGUUUACGCCUCGCUCGCAGAUCUAAUCCAGUUUUGCACAAUGAAGUGUUUUUGUACUAAAAUCUGAAGGUACAACGUUUGUAAAGACAAGAACAAAAAUGUUGUGAAUAUGUGUCGUGUACAAAUUUGAACUUUUAAAAAAAAAAAAAAGAAUGAUAGUUUUAUUUAUCUGUCGGGGAAUGUACAGAGAAGUCUUUAAUCCAAGACCAAAAUAAAAGACACGUGUGGCAACAAACUUGAGUCGUCUCCGCCCUGGCUGCACCCUCUUCUUCACCUCAGUCCCUCCAGCAAAUCGCCAUCCGGAGCCCCAUAAUGCACUGCAACAGAG